UUCGACCCAUUGCAUCUCGGAUGAGCACUCUACCACUGAGCGACAUCUUGCUACCUAUUGUAAACAGAGUCGUCUCCCUUGUACACGCUUUGAAGUUUCUUGUUCAACUUCAGUAUUUUUGUAGUGAUGAAGUUGAAAUGUGGCUCACGUUAUAUUACUGUUGUGUUUAUGCGACACAGUUCAGCAAGUGCCCAGGUUCAUCAGCCCCUGAACUACAUCAAUGGGACACGAGUAGAGUCAGCCACCAAGGAUCCUGGGCACAAGUUUCAUCUGAUAGCGCCUGCUACAGGUGAGAUUCUCCGAGAUGUUCCUGGUGCUGGGGCAGAGGAUGUUGACAGUGCGGUUGCUGCUGCGCGGACAGCGUUCACAUCGUGGUCAAAACAGCCAGCCUUCCAGAGAGGCAGCAUUCUGAUUAAAGCGGCCGAUAUCAUUAGAGCCCGAAGUGAAGAGAUAGCCAGAGUGGAAGUGUUGGACACUGGAAAGCCAAUCUGGGAGGCUCGAUAUGACAUUCUGGGCUGUGCUGAUACUAUUCAGUACUACGGAGGUCUGGCUGCGACCCUGACAGGCGAGUUUAUGAAGCUUGCUAACGACAGUUUCACGUACACAAUCCGUGAGGCGUUGGGCGUGGUAGGAGGGAUUGGUGCAUGGAACUACCCAUUCCAGAUGGCCGCCUUCAAGUCCGCUCCAGCGUUAGUGUGCGGCAAUGCGAUGGUGUUCAAACCGUCGCCACUUACUCCGCUCACCGCAGUCAUGCUGGCAGAAAUAUUCACAGAGGCUGGACUUCCUGACGGCUGCUUCAAUGUGAUACAAGGUGCUGGUGAAACGGGUCAGUUGUUGGUGAGGCAUCCGAAGAUUGCCAAAAUGUCGUUUACAGGAAGUGUGAACACCGGAUCGAAAAUCAUGGCAGGAUGUGCUGAGAGUAUAAAGCACAUCACACUGGAACUCGGUGGUAAAUCUCCACUGAUAAUCUUCUCUGAUGCGGAUCUCGACAACGCUGUUAAAGGUGCCAUGAUGGCUAAUUUCACAAAUCAAGGGCAGGUUUGUUCAAAUGGGACAAGAGUUUUUGUACAGAAAGACAUUUUAGCACAGUUUUUGGAAAAGCUUGUAACGAGAACAAAGGGUAUGAAGAUUGGCGACCCGAAUGAAGAGGACACGAUGGUGGGCGCAACUAUUAGCCAGGAGCAGGCGGAGAAAACUCUCCGUUACGUUCAGCUAGCCAGGAAGGAGGGUGCAACAGUUGUCUAUGGAGGAGAGCGAGUGACGCCCACCGACGCCCGGUUAAAGGGAGGCUACUACCUGUCUCCGUGUGUGCUGACCGACUGUGCGGACCACAUGACGGUGGUCAAGGAGGAAGUGUUCGGGAGCGUCAUGUCCAUCUUGACCUUUGACACGGAGGAGGAGGCGGUGAGACGAGCUAACGAUACAGAGUUCGGUCUGGCCGGUGGCGUCUUCACCAAAGACUUGAUGCGAGCCCACCGAGUGAUAGCUGGGAUGGAGGCCGGCAGUCUGUAUGUCAACAACUACAACCUCAUCCCAGUCGGACUCCCGUUCGGAGGAUUCAAGAAGUCGGGAAUCGGGCGGGAAAACGGACCGGACACGCUCAAUUAUUACAGUCAGAUUAAAUCAGUGUACUUCGAGGGUGGAGACGUGGACUGCCCGUACUAGACACGACCCUUUCAGGGUUGUCUCCCUUCAGGACUAGUCAAUGAGCAAAUUGGACCAGACAUCCUCGCCCAUGAUAAGUGGUUUACUUUGAGGGUGGAGUAGACUCCCUGUGCUUUCAGGGUUGUCUCCCUUUAUGACAUGUCUAUCAGCAAACUGGUCUGGACACUUUUGACUAUUAUAAACGCUGUACUUUGAGGAUGAAGACACAGACUCCCCAAGUGCUUUCAGAGUUGUCUCCCUUCAUGACUAGUCUAUAAGAAAAAUGGACAAGAAAUCCUUUUCCUGUUAUAAGUGCUGUAUUUUGAGGGUGGAAACGCACUCUCUCUCUCCAUGCUUUCAGGGUUAUCUCCCUUUUUAUAACUUCAAUAAGCAAUUAAAUAUUGUUUCAAGGAAUAUUUAUUUUUUUGGACCACUGGGAUUAUACUGGAAUAUCUUCCAUAUGCAGAAAUGCUUUUGAAUCAGGUUUUGUAAUGGGGUCUACUCUUUAUUUUUUAUACUUGUAUAUCCAAUAUUUUUUAAUCAAAACUUAAUUUGCUCAAUGGAAACUUAUUCACAAGUCACUUAUUUUGCAGUAAUAAUUAUAAUACUGUCACUUGAUCACAAUGAGUAGGUAAAUGGCCAGUUAUAAGCUCCGAUUGUUUAAAUUUUGUUAUACUAAAUUACAUUUACCCUAUCUGUAACUCUGUAUGACAAUAAAUAUACAGAAUUCA